AUGAACAUAAAUAAAAACAAAUUCAUGGAGAUCUCAAAAAACCCUGUUGACAACAUACAUCUGACAUUGGAGGUCUCACAACAACCAGCAAACGUCAGCACAAACAAUACCCAAGAAUCUUCUGAAUUCGUCUUCCAACGAAGACAACGCCGAUCAUAUGCCAACGCCGCAGCGAGUUCUCGCCCCAAAAACCAGAACGUAGUGAAUGCCAUUAAUGAUCCUACAUUGUCCGAGUACCUAAUAAAAGAUCUGCCAAAAGAUAUUUGCAAUAAACGUACCUUCUUUCGGCAACUAAAUGCCACAAAACUCCUUUCAAACAAAAUCCACUCUUGCAAAGUUCUUUCUCACGGUAUCGCUAACUUGCGACUUUUUAACUCUAUAAAUGCAGAAGACAUCGAGAAAAGUAUCCAUAAAGCCACAGGCCAAACUAUGGUUACGGUCCACAGCCGUAACAAAAACUCAAAUUCCAGCAACAGAGAUCCUACUUACCUCUUCUGCAUAACAGGAAUCGAUGUGGACUAUACGGAGGACGAAAUCACUACCUUCCUUGCCGAACAGGAAUUCCCAGUUGAAAAACUGUGGAGAGUUAAAUCUUUCAGACUCGGCAGGGAUUCCAAGGUGGUCAAGGUAGUGACAAAAUCUCUCGAUAAGUACACCACUGCACUGAGCCGAGGCAUUACUCUAGACGGAGAAAUCUAUAAUGUCGAACUUCCUCACAGCUCCGAUCCAACAAUACCUACUCCCAAAUAUUGCAGCAAAUGCUGCACAAACGGACAUUCCAUCGACGAAUGCCCUGAAAAAGCAUUCGUCUGCCCUCACUGCGGCGGCAAUCACAAGUCUAGUGUCUGCACCAAACAGCAAGAUCCAAAAUGCCCUAAUUGCAGCGGUGAACACCCUGCCUAUUCUAACAAGUGCCCAGAGAGACACACAAUCCCUACCGCACCACACGAGGUACAGCCACUUUCGAUCGAAAGAUCAUUCCCUCCCUUCGAUCUACCAACAAAAACCAAAAACAUCCUGUCGAUCCAAACUGCUUUGCUGCUGAAUAUGUUGCCUGAACUUCGUGAGCAUAUCGCAGCCAUCACGGCUAACCUGAUUAGCCAAGUCUAUCGCAGCCAUCACGGCUAA